GAAUUUAUUUUUCUUCCAAAUUUCAAAUAUUAAAAAAAUAAUAGUAAAAAAAAUCAAAGCCUUUCUCUUUUGUUUCUCUCAUUUUCCUCCAUCUUUCACCUCUCCAACAACGCCAUUGAAACAAACCUUCAAAAACCAAAACAAUCUACAAAUCAAUUAUCACAAAAACUACCUAAUCUCACGUAAUUACCAAAUCUAAUCACACUUAACCACAUUCUAAUUAAAUAAUUAACCUCAUUAUGAAAUCAUCAUUAUCAUAACCGUUUCUCUAACAACCUCCGAAAUGCCGACGGUAGCCGUGAAACUCUACAGCGUGUUCUUCAAGUUUCUGUUAAAACACCGUUUACAAAAUCGGAUCCAAACUCCGACCGAAGUAUCCGACCCGUUUGGUAUAACUUCCCGACCCGACGAAUCUAUAGCUUCGCCGAAUCCUUCUUUUACCGACGGCGUCGCCACCAAGGAUAUCCACAUCGAUUCGAAUCUUUCUCUUUCGGUUCGGAUCUUUCUCCCUGAAUCUGCAUUGUUAAAUCCCGAACCUAAUUCCAAACCUAAACGAAAACACGAACCUAAGGGACGUGAAACGACGUCGUCGCCGAGGGUUAAUACAAGGAGGAACAGUUACGGUGUGACUGGUGCUCUCGUGAAGGAGGAGGUGAGAAGGAAUAGUGUCGGCAGUGAUGCGGAGGGUUUGAAUUUGGAUUUGAAUUUGAUUUCUGGUGGUGGAUAUGGUGGUUAUUCGCCGACCAUUGAUGAUCGGAAGAGGAAGUUACCGGUGAUGGUGCAGUUUCAUGGAGGUGGUUGGGUGAGUGGGAGUAAUGAUUCGGUGGCGAAUGAUUAUUUUUGUAGGAGGAUUGCAAAGCUUUGUGAUGCGUUGGUUGUUGCUGUUGGUUAUCGGCUUGCGCCGGAGAGUCGGUAUCCGGCGGCUUUUGAGGAUGGAUUUAAGGUUUUGGGUUGGUUAGGGAAACAAGCGAAUUUGGCGGAGUGUAGUAAGUCGUUGGGGAUUAAGAAAUUGGAUGGUGGUCAUAGGCAUAUCGUUGAUUCUUUUGGAGCUUCUAUGGUUGAACCUUGGUUGGCUGCACAUGGAAAUCUAUCAAGGUUGUUACACUUUUCACUUUUUGUUUGUUUGCUGCUAAUCAAUGCCUUUGUGAAUUGUGCUGUGUUAAAUUUCGAGUCUGUUUGGAUUGACGAUAUUCGAGCUUGUCUUCUUGCACAAACACUCGUGAGACUAUUUAGACGAUCUUAUACAUGUCUGUGUGUGCUUAUUGGUGUGAGUUGUGGAGCAAAUAUUGCAAACUAUGUAGCUCAAAAAGCUGUAGAAACAGGCAAACUUCUGGACCCUGUCAAAGUGGUGGCACAGAUACUGAUGUAUCCGUUUUUUGUUGGAAGUGUGCCCACGCAUUCUGAAAUAAAAUUGGCAAACUCUUAUUUUUACGACAAAGCUAUGUGUAUGCUGGCAUGGAAACUAUUCCUACCCGAGAAAGAAUUUAGCCUAGACCAUCCAGCCGCCAAUCCCCUAGUCCCAGGCCAUGGUCCUCCUUUAAAGCAGAUGCCUCCAACAUUAACAGUAGUGGCGGAACAUGACUGGAUGAGAGACCGUGCCAUAGCUUACUCAGAGGAGCUUAGGAAGGUGAAUGUCGAUGCACCUGUUCUUGAAUAUAAAGAUGCAGUUCAUGAAUUUGCUACACUAGACGUACUUCUCAGAAGCCCUCAGGCUCAAGUUUGUGCUGAGGACAUUGCCAUCUGGGUCAAGAAGUACAUUUCACUUCGAGGGCAUGAAUUCUCAUAUUGAGUAGGAUUUACCAGAUUAUGUAGAUUAUGUCAAUGACUAGUGAGAAAUUUUUUCCCCAAUUGUUGAGAUUAGCUUCAGGCCGCUCUUCUUCCAACGCACCAGAUUAUAACGAUGAUCUGCAAGAAAAACUUCUCUUUCCUCUUCAGGUCGAUCUUCCGCGUCUAUUAACUUGGGGAUAUGUGAUAUAUUACUUUAUUUCUUUUGAUGCUUCAUUAGGCCGUGCUGUCAAUGUUGUUGACUGGUUCAAAAUACUUAUAUGAAAGUCGGAUAAGUGGAACCUGUGAGAUGGAUGCACCUCAUGAACACCACAUUUGGUAACCCUUGUUCGAUUCUUUCCUGUGUAUUAGGAUGUAAUAUUUCUCAUGAAAAUAAUAUAAAAUUUUGUGCAUUAUUCUUUUGA